AUGGAAAUGUGUGAGCGGAAUCCUUUAAAUCCCGGUUAUGUUGGUUCUCUGUUGAAUUUUGCGUCCCCCGAGUCGCUGUAUUUCUCCAACUUGCGGGGUAAUGGAGCCCACAUACCCGGGCUGCAUCAGAUCCCUUACAAUAGGAGAGAGGUGUGCACGCUCCCGUGGACUUCCUCAAGUUCGUGCACGUCUGGACCUCCAGCACCACCUCAGAGCCGCGCCUUUGGCGGCUACUGUCCGCCGUUUCUGUCCAACUCGGUGUCUAUAAAUUCUAACUCCUCUGGUGGCCACGUCAAGGCGCAUUUGGAGGAGUCGGCUCGGUGCUUCCAGAACACAAACCACAAGACACCGGAGUCUACCAGACAAGAUGAAGUUUACGCUGGGGAGCACGGGGCCGCCAGUGACCGCGGCUACUCAGAUCUGGAAAGCCGGUCUCUCAGUUCUGCGGCCCAGCUUGAUCCGAAUUCAGCAGGUCCACUAAAUGUGAACAGCACCAAACAGGAGCUGAAUCCCGUUCACCCAUCGUCAGGUCACACAUGCUCCAGGACGACUUUUACAGAAGGUGCCCCAUGGUGCUCAUCACAAGUGAAAACUAGAAAGAAGAGAAAGCCUUACUCGAAACCUCAGCUGGCCGAACUUGAGAAUGAAUUUAUGAUGAACGAAUUCAUCAACAGACAGAAACGAAAGGAACUGUCGGGCAGACUGGACCUGAGCGACCAACAAGUAAAGAUAUGGUUUCAGAACCGGAGGAUGAAGAAGAAACGACUGAUGAUGCGCGAGCAUGUUUUCUCCGCAUACUGAUGACCUUUGGACUUGAUCAUGACCAGCAGCGAGCAGAAUAUGCUGUGUUGUAUGAAUGUUAACAGCGUCAAAGCGGUUUGUGAACUUGUAUUUAUAAAUAUGUAUACAAUGUUUAUCUUCCUAUCAUAAUAGGCUACAGUUUUAUCCCUACAACUUCAAUGAUAUUAGUGGUAAAAAAAAACGCAUUGCAGAUAUAUAUAUAUAUUCUGAUUUUGAGAUUCUCCAAAUGCGCAGUAGGCCCUGGCUCCUGGUUGGCCUAUGGCGGUCGAUAAUGAUAAACCUUUAAGCCUAUUUUUUUUCUCAUUCAGCUCAAAUGUCAGACCUAUUUAACAGGAAUAUGGUUCUAUUUGUUUUUGUGUAUUUUGUAAAAUGGCCUGCGCAUGUAUUGUGGGCCUAAUGCGGACGCAAACAGUCAAGUUCAUGUUUACGGACGGAUUAAACCAAUUCAGUAGCCUACUGCAAAAUAGUAUAGUAUAAUCGCAUGUCUGCUUCCUAAUUGCUGAUAUUAAAGUAACUGCCUGAUUUUCCCUAACAUUUAUUGUAAAUCUGAUUAAAUAACAAAAGUUACAUUUCUUUUGUUCUCUAUGGCCACAUUUAAAGUCGGUCUGUGGAUGAUUAGCGCCGCAUUUAGUGCUAGAAGGUGUUUUCUUCAAAUGCCUGCAAAACAAG